UUCAGCAUCUCUAAUUUCCCAGGAGAGAGAGAGAGAGAGAGAGAGAGAAGGCGUAUCGGUGGAAGGAGGCGCGCACUGUUCCACUCUGGAGCAUCAGGACACCGCUGCCCGUCGUUCAUCCAGGUUCCUUCAGGAGUUGAACCAGCAACCGAGAGGAGAGGUCCAAAGCGCAAACAGAAAAAAGAAGGCACAAGGACGCACGGGAGGACAGAGGAGCGAGGAGAGGUGACCGGGCCGAGGCGACAUGUUUGGCAUGAUCAAGAACUCGCUCUUCGGAAACACCGAGGAGACGGAAUACAAGCUGCUCAGCACCGAGACCAAGGACGGAGUGAGCUUUGAGGUGCGGCGAUACGAUGCUGCCAAAUACGCCGUGGUGUCCUCCGAGGGCCGGAGCUUCGACCAGGCCACGGGGGAGCUGGUGAGGAAGCUGCUCAUGUACAUCGGUGGCAGCAACGAACAAGGUGAAGCCAUGGGCACAGCCGCGCCCCUCAUCAUCACCGUGUACCCGCGGAACGACGGCGUUCUGUCUCGCCGGCUGGUCGUGGGCAUCCGUGUGCCCACCGCGUACCAGCAGAGCCCCCCCACUCCCAGCGACAGUGCCAUCAGGAUCGAGGAGCGGCCCGGCAUGACGGUCUAUACUCUUCAGUUCGGGGGCUUCGCGGCGGAGAGCGAGUUCCGAGCGGAGGCCUUGCGUCUGACCCGCACUCUGGGUGAGAGCGCCCCCUUCCAGCGCAAGCAGUACUUCUGCUGCAGCUUCGACCCGCCGCUCAAGCCUUACGGACGCCGCAACGAGGUGUGGUUCCUACAGGAGGAGCCGUGA